GCCGAAGCCGAUGUCGCUGCCCUCAACCGACGCAUCCAGCUCAUCGAGGAGGACCUCGAGCGAUCUGAGGAGCGUCUCAAGGUGGCCACCGCCAAGCUUGAGGAGGCUUCCCAUUCCGCUGAUGAAUCCGAGCGCAUGCGCAAGAUGCUUGAGCACCGAAGCAUCACCGACGAGGAGCGCAUGGACGGCCUGGAGAGCCAGCUGAAGGAGGCCCGCCUGAUGGCCGAGGACGCUGACCGCAAGUACGAUGAGGUCGCCCGUAAGCUGGCCAUGGUUGAGGCCGAUCUGGAGCGCGCUGAGGAGCGUGCCGAGACUGGUGAAUCCAAGAUCGUCGAGCUCGAGGAGGAGCUGCGCGUCGUCGGCAACAACCUGAAGUCUCUCGAAGUCAGCGAGGAGAAGGCCCAACAACGCGAGGAGGCCUAUGAGCAACAAAUCCGCAUCAUGACUUCUAAGCUCAAGGAGGCUGAGGCUCGCGCCGAGUUUGCUGAGCGAUCGGUUCAGAAGCUCCAGAAGGAGGUCGACCGACUGGAAGACGAGCUGGUGCACGAGAAGGAGAAGUACAAGUCAAUCUCGGACGAGCUGGACCAGACCUUUGCCGAGCUCACCGGCUACUAG